AUGACAACUCGGCAACGCCACAUCAUCAGCCUAACGAGCGAACGACGAUGGACUUGCAUGCCAACGGACGUUCUAGACGAGAAGCAGGGGUCACUUGCCAACCAACAACUGACAAACGACAAUGAGACAUGGAUGAACAUUGGUGGUACACAGGCGAACAACGAUGACACAUGGAUGGAUGACGACGUGGCACAUCAACGGAUGCGCCACAUUGUCCAGACAAUGACGACUUGCGUUGUCAUCUACAUUACUAGAGAUGGCAUCAUUGUCACUGUUUCAAAUCAGAAAAAGGGUGACAUUGCCGUCAGUGCCUACAACAUGGCACGUUCGUUGACGUCGAUCCAGGCAUCCAAGCUCGGCACUUUCCAGCGUUACAAAAAGGCCGUCUUCGCUCUACGUGACUUCUGGGAUUUGAACCCAGGGCAUACAUACCUCCCAGCUCAACCACUAAGCCAAGUCAGCACUGCAAGAGGAAGUUGUACAUGA